AUGGCUGACAGAAAGGACGCUGAAGCUGCUGUGGGAGUGCCCGAAGACGUGCUGCCUGUAGCCUACGAAGACGAGGCGUCGGAAGACAACAAUGCCGUCCGGAUGGUCGAGAUCCCCGGCAACAAAUGGCUGAGGAGAUACCGAAGCGUGGCUUUCCAGAUGAUUGCCAUGGCCUUGCUCGCAUUUUCCGGCCCGUCCAUGAGCAAUGCCAUCAGUGGCCUCGGAGGAGGCGGUCUUGCCACUCCGUACACGGCCAACGCGGCAUCUGCCACGCAAUAUUCAACAUCUGCCCUGAUCGCUCUGUUCGGUGGCCCCAUCGUCAGCGCCAUUGGCAUCCCUGCCGCCUGCAUGAUAGGUGGUGUUGGCUUUCCUCUGUCGGGCUCUGGCUUUUAUGUCAAUAGCAAAUACGGCGUCCAGUGGUAUCUGAUUUUUGCAAAGGCGCUGUACGGCAUCACUUCUGCCUUCCUGUAUAUCGCCGAAGCUGCGACUAUGAUCUCCUAUCCCGAAGAGCACCGCCGGGGCUUUUACAUCAGCAUAUGGGUGGCCAUGCGCAACGUUGGAUCAAUCAUUGGAGGGGCCAUCACCUUGGGUCUGAAUAUCAAGAGAAAGGGAGGUGGCGGGGUGUCAACGAACACGUACUUGGUGUUUCUUGGCUUGGAAUGCAUCGGUCUACCUUCUGCACUGCUCCUAACCAAAACCCGCAAGGUCAUCCGGUCUGAUGGCUGGGGCGUUCCCAUGCUCCCUAAAAAGUCGUGGAAACGAGAAGUUGUGCUGCUAUGGGAACAUCAUAAGCAGAAGCGGACCUUGAUGUUGGUUCCCAUCUACAUGUUGACAUACUUUGGGGACGGUGUCUGGGGAACCUACGCCUCGAAACACUACUCCGUCCGUGCUCGAGCACUUUCCAACUUUGUCGGCCCUUGUUUGGCUGUUCUUAUAAACCCGCUUUUUGGCAAGAUCCUGGAUAUGAAGAAUGUUCGCCCGAGAACCAAAGGCAUGAUUGGGUUCUGGGUCUGGACUCUUCCAUCAGCAGCUAUGCUCAUAUGGGUGAUGAUCAAUCUCAAGUGGUUUGAAGGUCAGCCUAGCAGCCUUCGCCUAGACUACGCUCAACCUACGACUGCCCGAUGGGUGAGGGCUUGGUUCCCACAUCUGAUCUACGUCGUCAACGGUUGGAUGUCUCAAACUCUUGUCUAUUGGAUCUUGGGCCAGUUCGCCUCCGAUGUCGCUACAAAUGCACGUACCGGUGGUGUGUUUCGCUGCUGGGAGACUGUCGGCCAAGCCGUGUCGUACGGUAUCAACGCAAAGGCAUCCAACAAGUUUAUCCCAUUUGGCAUCUACAUCGGCCUGUUCAUAAUUGCCGUUCCUCUUCUCUGGCUGAUCGUCCUGGAGCUACCGACUGAGAAGAGAGUGGUUAGAGUGAUUGACGACGAAGGGAACGCGGUUGGCGAUCUUGGCACCGUGAAGCCUACUCUAGUAGAAGAGAAUUCGACACGAGACGGUUCGCUCUGA